CAUAACGUGUUCUACGUGUAUAACGAUAUCGAGCUCAAGGGCGAGCCUCAGAGGAUGACCAUCACCUGUGAGGAGGACAUCCACGUCACAGAGGAGGUCUACAGGAGACCUCUGUUCACCAUGCCACUCUACAGGUACUACCGGCUGCCACUACCAAUGGAGGGAGCACCUCUAGAGGAGGAUUUUGAUGCCUUUGUUACUGUUCUCCGGGAGAGUCCCAACCUGUCUUUGAGAAGGGAUGUUUCCAGGCCUCUGCUGUGGGUGAGGAGGGUUCUUAGUGUUCCUCAGAGUGAGGAGGGUUCUCGUGUUCUCAGGGUUGCUCAUGAGUACCUGUCUCCAGACAUACUCAGCACAGUGAAGGAGAUGAAGGUGGCUAACUUCAGAAGAGUCCCCAAGAUGCCCGUCUACGGCAUGUCACAGCCUACAUCAGAGGCGACGGGUGCGGUGUUGACCCACCUGACGGACGAGAAGAGGAAGUACAGCCACGUCCUGUGGGUCAACCUGCAGGAGGAGCUGGUUCUGGAGGGGAACGGACAGGUCUUCACCCCCAGAGAGCCGUCCUGUCUGGAGCAACACAUCCCUGUCCCCGCCACAGACCCCACACAGAUAGAGAAACUAGAGACAGCCCUGGGAGAGGAGGUUCAGAGAGCCCAGAAGUGGCUGGAGGUGACUCUGGAGCAGGAGAAACAGAUGAAGAUGUUUACCUGUCUGACGGUCCAGGAGGUCUUCAACCAGUAAACACACACACACCAGGGACUGCUCUAUAAACGCAUCCCUCUGUCAGACUGCUGCGCCCCCAAGGAGGAGGACUUUGACCAGCUCUUGGAGGCCAUGAAGAGUACCUUGGCUGAGGACUCUCACUCAGCCUUCGUGUUCAACUGUUCCAACGGCAAGGGAAACACCACCGGCCAUGUCAUAGCUGCUCUCACUGUCUGGCACUUCAAUGGCUUUCCUGAGUUUGGUGAUGAGAUCGUCAGUGUUCCUGAUGCCAAGUACACAAAGGGAAAUUCAAGCGUUCUGACCGGUCUGUUAGAACUACUGCCGGACGGCCUCCAGAUGAAGAGGGAGGUGGACAUGGCUCUGGACUCAGUCAGCGAGACCAUGACCCCCAUGCUACACCUCAGAGAGAUAAUCAUCUGUACCUAUAGACAGUGGAGCCUUCCUGUCCAGCCUCCAGUCCUCUCGUUCCUGACGUGUAGUGAGGCCUUCCUGUCCAGCCUCCAGCUGCUCUGUCUCCUGACGGUAGUGGACUUCCUGUCCCAGCCUCCAGUCCUCUCGUCUCCUGACGUGUAG